CCGCCACCGCCACCCUCCCAGCCCGCCGCCAGCGUCCGGCCGUCCCGCUGCGCUCCCGGGCCCCCGCAGGGGUUGUAGGGCCGGGCGCGGCCUCGAGGGGCGAGGGCGGCUGGGCGCCCGGGGCCAUGCGCUGAGCGCCCGGAGCAGCCGGCGAGCGAAGUUGGGGUGGAAGAUGAACAACGCCGAAAUCUCAAAACCACCAUUAGCACCGAAACCAAAGAUCAUUGGUCAUCUUUCUCCAGCACCUGUCUCCAAAUUUUCACCUUCACUGCCAAGAGCUGAUAUUCUUCAUAACCCGAACUCUGGGUCUAGGGGUCCCAAGCCACCAAUUGCUCCCAAGCCAAAAUUCUCAACUGACACUGAGGGAAAAUCCAGUGUUUCUACCAACAAUAACUUAAAUAAAUGUGCAAAUGGGAAACUGGUGUGUCUUGAUGGAGAACUCUGUGAAGGAAACCAAUGCAAUGCUAAUUGCCUAGAAUCUGAGGCAGAUAAUGAAUGCAUUGUAGUUCCUGAAGCUCAGCUGCCCAGCAAAGACUGCAGUGAUUUGGAACAUGAGCAUGAUCAAAACCUAGAUUCCUCUGUGGAAAAUGAAGUCUCAGAAACUCCAGAAAAGGCAGAGAAGGAAGAGGAUAACAUUUCUAGUGAUGAGAAUACCAGUAAUCGAGAAGUCAUCAAAGAUGAGCACUGUACCUCUUCAGAUACUGCUGAACCAAGGGAACCAGAUUGUGAGGAGUCAUCCAGAGGCUGUGACCAGUCCAAAGCACUUUGUGAGGAGUCCUUAGAUGCCCCAGAUGGGGAUAAUGAUGCUACCAAGAAAGCAGAUGAAGAUGGGGAUGCUGUACGUGAUUGUACUGAAACAAAAAACAGGCAAGAAACUUCUUAUAUCCUGGAACUGGUCAAGAACAGUAGUGAUUGUGAGACUGACAGUGAUAACAUUUUGAAUAGAGAUGAGAAACUAAUGGGUGAUACCUGUAGAGAUAUCAUUGCAAUGCCACUGCCUGCAGACGAAUCAAUCCCACCUUGUGAGAAGACAGGGCAAGAGGAGGAGGAGCAGCCUGAGAUUUUAGAAAUGGCAGAUGUGCAUCUGCCACAUAAUGAUGACCACAGUGUGCAUGCAGAGCUUGAUUCAAACAUGGAAGGGGACUUAGAAAAUGAUGACUGUGCAAGCCCUGACAUCCUGCCUGUGGAGGCCAGUGAAGAAAUGAGUCCUGGCUUAGAAUUGUGUGAAGAUGAACCCGGUGCCAAAAAUGGUUUAGCAGAGUUCAUGCAUCACGCAGCAGCUGAAGAGGAGGAAGUAGACCCAAAUGAGCACUAUAAUACAAACACAGGAAAUGCCAGUGAUGGCUGCCAGAUCACUGAGAGGAGAAGUGAGACAACAUCAGAGGUAGCCUGUGAAGCAAGCAAAGACCCUGGGAAAGGGGAAGAAGAAACUGUGAAUGCAGAGAAUAUGGAGGAUGGCUGUCAGAUUGCACCUUAUGAGAAUGAAUGUGGUGAGGAAAUACCUGUGGAACAUUCAGAUGAGAAUCUUCAAACAGAAGGGGCCUCUCUGCAUGAAGAUGGCAUGAUUUCUGGUAGUCUGCCUUGUAGUCUAGGGAUAAAGCCAGAGAUGGAAGAUGUGACUGUUGAAGAGCAUAGUGAAAAUACUGUAGAAGCCUCUAAGUCAGAUGAGUUGUGUCUCGGAGACAAUGAGGUGGAAGCAAACAACCUCAGCAAAAGUAUCCCAAGUUCACCUCAAGAGGUCACAUGUGAGGAAGACUUAGAAAUCUGUAAGCAUAGCAAAAUUAAUGUAGAUUGUGGGACCAAACAUGUUUUGCAUGAAAAUCUAGCAGUCCCUGAAGUGGUCAUUGUGACUGAUGAAUCAGAGGAAAGAGAAGCUAGCAGUGAUUCCCUAGAUGAUCCUUAUGUGCUUCCUGAAGAAAAUGAAAUUGUCCAUGAUGCACAGACUGAUUUAGGAGCUGAUCACAGUAAAAGGGGUGAAUUAGGCAUGGAUGGUGAAAACAACUUGCUGCCCAUGGAUUGUAAAAGUAUUGUCACUAGAACACGAUCUCUCUCUGGGAGAAUUCCAGGCUAUGUCCCAGAAACUGUUCCAGAAGAAACUGGACCUGAAACUGAUUUGCCCUCUUCCCAAAAUGGCUCUGGGACAGAAGACUUAAGCAAUAAUUCCUUUUUAUUGGAAGAAAAACCAGUGGAAGCCAACAGGGCUUUACCAACCAAGUCAAGACGCUUUAUUUUAUAUCCUCGAUCUUAUUCUGUUGAAGGGAGAGAGUUACCUAUCUCUGUUUACAGAGAAAGUGAUGUCUGUGUACUGGAUGGUGUUAGAAUAAAAAGGACAGAAGACAAUUUGUCUUUGCCUUGUGUCAAUGGUUCCUCAGGUAGUUUUUCCCAGGACAAUCAUCUCUCAUCAUAUGGCGUAUCUACUCCAUCCUCAGCUGUUGAUAUACCACCUCCAUUUGAACUUGCCUACAUCACCAAAAAGCCAAUCACUAAAAGUUCACCCUCACUUUUGAUAGAGAGCGACUCACCUGCUAAGUAUUCCAAGAAAAAAAAAUCUUCUUUUAAGAGGUUCCUUACUCUAAAGUUCAAGAAGAAAAGUGAAAAUAAAGUCCAUGUAGAUGUUAAUGUUUGUUCUUCAAGGUCCUCAUCAGAGUCCAGCUAUCAUGGGCCUCCCAGGGUGAUGGAGCUGGAAGGGAGGAGCCUAAGUAGCUCACCUCAGCUAAAAUCACAUGUGGGGAAGCUCCGUGCAUCUGAGUCUCCCUCGGCUGUUCUUUUCUAUAAGGAUGGUAAAAAAAAAGGAACGCCCAAGUCCUUCAGCAGGAGUGUGUCAAGGGUGGAGUCCUUUGAGGACCGGUCCAGACCUCCUUUCAUGCCACUCCCAUUAACGAAACCUAGGUCUAUUUCUUUUCCCAAUGCCGACACUUCUGACUAUGAGAACAUUCCUGCUAUGAGCUCAGACUAUGAAAACAUACAAAUUCCUCCUCGGAGAUCUACCAGAGCAGGAACUUUUACCGAGUUUUUUGAAGAUCCCAGCAGAGCAUUAUCUGCUGCUAAUGAGAAUGAUGGCUAUGUGGAUAUGAGCAGCUUCACUGGCUUUGAGAACAAGCAGCAAAUCACAGACCAGGAAACAGAAAGCGCCUACACUGAGCCCUACAAGGUGUGCCCAGUCUCUGUGACACCAAUGGAAGUUGUCACAUCAGAUGAGGAACAAAAGAGUUCAGAAGAUGAUGAGAGCAGCCUUGGCGAUCCCAGUCUUACCAACAAGAAGGAAGGCCAGUCUAGAGCUUACCUCAUUGCCCAGGAGCUAAUGUCUUCAGAAAAAGUAUAUGUGGAAAUGCUCCGGUUGUUACAUAUGGAUUUCUAUGAAGGUAUCUUGAAAGUGCUUGGAGAUGAUGAUGAAAAUGAACAAGAAGAAAUUAAACUUAAACAGGGUUUAAGUGAACUCCCUGAAAUUUAUGAAUUACACCAAGACAUCCUGGAAGAACUGGAAGAGAGAGUCCUUAAAUGGGAUGAACACCAGAAAGUUGCUGAUGUUUUUCUCUCCAGAAAAUCAAGGUUAAAUCACCACACAGCAUACAUUAUGCAGUUUGACAGGAAUUUGGCUUUGCUAGAUGAAACGUGCCUUAAAUAUUCCCAACUGGCUACCAUGAUUCAGGAGUUUGAGCAGAGCUCUGGUGACAGCCCUUACAGUGUGAAACACCAGCUUCUGAAAGUGGUACACCGUGUCUUCCAGUAUCGUGUGAUGCUCACAGAUUACUUGAAUAAUCUUUGUCCUGAUUCUACAGAGUAUGAAGCUACACAAGCUGCCUUAUUCAUAGUUUCUGAAAUCACGGACCAAGCCAAUGACAGCAUGCUCCAAGCGGAAAACUUGCAGAAGAUAGUACACAUUGAACACAGUGUGAGAGGGCAGAGCGGCCUCCUCCAGCCAGGAAGGAUCUUUGUUAAAGAGGGAACACUGAUGAAAGUCUCUGGCAAAAACAGGCGUCCUCGACAUUUGUUCUUGAUGAAUGAUGUUCUGCUGUACACAUAUCCCCAGAAGGAUGGCAAAUACCGACUAAAAAACACCUUGCCUAUGUCAGGCAUGAAGGUCAGCCGCCCAGUGAUAGAGAAAGCCCAAAACAUCCUGAAGAUUGAAUAUGAUGAACAUUGCCUGAUCCUGUCAGCAAGCUCUUGCUCAGAAAGGGAUGACUGGUACAGCUGCAUCAGUAAACACAUCCCAGAUGACUGCAAAGCUCACAAGACUUCGACUUUCCACAGCAGCGUGGAGCUAAGGGAAAGGCUUGGAAUACCUUUGGGUGAGAGGCCUCCUACACUGGUGCCCGUGUCCCAUGUCAUGAUGUGCAUGAACUGUGGCUGUGACUUUACCCUCACUUUGAGGCGACAUCAUUGCCAUGCCUGUGGGAAGAUUGUAUGUCGAAAUUGUUCAAGAAACAAGUACCCCAUGAAGUACCUCAAAGAUCAAGCAGCCAAAGUCUGUGAUAGCUGCUACUCAGAACUUAAGAAAAGGGAGCGUCCACUAAGUGUGAGCUUCCCUCCAACUUCAUCCAGGUGUUCAAGCAGUGCCUUCUCCUCUGUCUUCCACAACAUUCAUUAUUCAUCUUUUAAGAAACAGAAGAGAAUCCCUUCAGCUCUCAUGGAGGUGGCAGCCUCAGGAGAGGGAGCUACCAUCAGUGGUUACCUCAACAGAUGUAAGGGAGGCAAAAGACACUGGAAGAAACGCUGGUUUGUUAUCAAAGGCAAAGUCCUCUACACCUACAUAGCAAAUGAGGACAAAGCUGCUACAGAAAGUUUGCCUUUGUUGGGUUUCACCAUCACCCCAGAAAAGGAGGAAGGAAGCGUGGAUACAGUUUUUCAUCUCUACCACAAGCAGACGCUCUUUUAUAGCUUCCGAGCAGAGGAUAACAAUUCAGCACACAGGUGGAUUGAAGCCAUGGAAGAAGCAUCCAUAUUAUAGCAGCUUUCACUCACUGAACUUGGAAUAAAUUCUCAUAUUCCUAUACAUUUCCAGCAACCCUCUUCUGACCUAUGAAACUGAACAGUGUAUUGCAGGCCCACUGGCCACAUACACUGGAUCUGAACUGUUUCCAUUAGCUCUUUUUCUUCCUUCUUCUUACAUCCGCAUUGCUGCAAAUGAAAAUUUCAAGAUUAGAGAUUAUUUACGGUGAUCUUUAUGUCUGUGCAAAUUCAGCCUGUGCUACAAGCUUCUCUUCUGAUCUCACAGUAAACUAAGUCUAACAUCAAGACCAGAAAAUACAUUGAAAUAUUGACUACCAGAGAACCAGACUACUGAGAACCAGACUCAGUUUUAGUUACUCUAGAGCACUAUUGUAUUUCAUUGGGUUGGUUUUGAUAUCUACCUUGACCUGAGAAACAAUGCAGUAAACAACAAAUCAUCAUUUUAAGCACUUUAUCAUUUUUAUUGAACUACAGCUUCAUUUUUUUCAUGUUUUUAAGGAGUUCUGUGUCCUGAUUUAUUACUUGUGCAUUAACAGAUGCCAGCAUGAAAUUAUGCCCUGCAUAUGCUAAAAUGCUCCCACAGAAAAUGAACAAACAACACAUUCUAUUUACCUGGUCUACCAACACUUCACUGACUAUGAUACAACAUAGUUACUUACUAUCAAUUUAUAUUUUUUCAUAAAUCACUGUAUAAUUUAUGUUCAAGGUUUAGUUUCAUAUCGCUGCUGUACUUUGAAAUGCACUCCAGUAGCUCUACAGAUCCAGAUGCUGAAUUAUAUCACUUCUCUCUAAAUACUUCAGACUCAAAGGUUAUUUUUAAUUUAUUAUAAACCUACAGACAGUGUUUAUUUAACACGUCUACCUAGUAGUGUUCAAUUUUUUAUCUAUUUAAAUACUGUGUCUGUAUUUUCAAAAUUCCUGUUGUUUCUGCUAUUCUUGUUAUGAAAAAUGUCAUCAAAAGUUUAAUCCACAUAACCAGCACAGCAUUUGAAAUAUGCUGGGUCGACUGAAAUGCACUUGUCUGAACCUGCUCUGCUGGAGUCAUUGGAACUCUCUGUGGCCACACCUGUCCUGUGUCAGACUGCUGCCAUGCACUACAUCUCCAGGGCUGAAUUCUCAGCAGCCAGCUGUGUCUGUGUGACUCCAAAGAUGUCGUGGUGCUUUAUACCAGCUGAGGAUAUAAAUCUCUGGAGUUUGGGAAGUGGAGUUUUUGGUGGGUUAGGUUUGGUUUUUUGGUUUUGUUUUGGGGGUAGGUUUUGUGGGGUUUUUUGUGGUUUUUUGUUUGGUUUUGAUUUUUUUAUUUUGUUUUUUGUUGGGGUGGGUUCCUUAGGUGUUUUGAGUGGGGGGUUUUAUAAAGAAGAUUGAGAAGUGAUGUUCUAAUCGUUGCAAUACAGUGGUUUUGUCUCAGUCAUAAUAUUUUUCCUCCAUCACAAUAUUUAACUGAGGAAUAGAAUGACAUCUAUGAUUAAAAUAUAUCUUUGUAUAAAAAUAACAUGCUCAAUAAUUUACUUACAUUAAAUUAUAUUGGUGGGAAUUUUUAUUACUUUCAUUUUUCCCUUUCUUCAAGAAACUUAAUGGAUAACUUAAUUUUUUACCCUAUUUUUUUUAGAUCUGUCCAUAUUUUUAAAGGUCUAUAAUAUAUAUCCAAAUGGUAAGAUAGAUCAGUUUAUCACCUGGAUAAAGAAGCUUAAAGAAACAAAUACACAUCUACCACUAAAUGAAAAUGUCAUUUUUGGGUUUUUUUCGUACAUCAGAGUCUGACCAUUCCAUUAAGCAUAUAUUAUCAUGUGCAAACAGAAACCAAGAAUGAGAAAAAUAAAACUUUUAUAUUCUUUAGUUAAUGCAUGAACAGCAAGGUUAACUCUUUGUUUUAUGUAAGAGCCAUGGCCUUGCUACCAAUACACUGUAAAAGUUUAUUCCCCCUUGAAAACAUUUUGCACUGACAAGAAAAAUAAGACAACAUUGAAUACAGAGCAAGUUCACUAACCAUGGUCUGAAACAAAAGUACACUACAGAAUGACAUUGUGAAGAUUUAGGUGCUGACAUUUAGUGACUGUUACAUAAAGCUUUCAGUUAGAAGCAGGAAAUUAACAUGAAAAUAUUUUGUUGUAAAAAGUAAGAUACAGUGCUAUUAAACAUUGGUUUAAGUCAUGUAGAAAAAUAAAAAGAGAAAAACAUAACUGCAGUUCUACAGGCUUUUCCUUUACACCAUUAAUAUCUUCUUUAAUUCCAGCUUUGCAGUUCCAGUUACUGUUAACAGACACUUGCUUAUUAAAUAGUUC